AGUGCUGAAAGUGGUGACAGUGCUUCUUCAAGUGGAGGCGGCUCUUCCUAAAUUGUUCUUGUACAUCAAAAUUAUCUUGUUAUAUCUGAGAUUUAUUUAAUAAACUUAAUAAAUAUUUUCUGGGAUUUUUUUGAUGGUGCAGAUCCUGAUAAUAACUCGAGUUAUUACUACAUAAAUAUUUCCUUGAAGAUCUAGGAUUAUCUGAGGAUUGGGUAUUUACUUAUAAAUGUCAUCUGUAUCUUGUAUUCAUAUGUCAUUGGGAUCUCGAGUUAGCAAUAUUUCUAGAACAAGUGCCUUUUUCCUUCUGUCAAUUAAUCAGUUUCUAAAAUAUCAAUUAUAUUUCACAACAUAUCAAGAAAAUGUGCGAGGUGCAGAAGCUGAUCGAUGGCCUAUACGAGACUUUUAGCAAGUACAAGGAGCAACGUCGCUGCCAAAUGAUAGAGAUCCUAAAUGAUGUGCGGUGCUGCGAGUGCGGACACAAAAUGAGGCUCAAUAAUGCCCUGAAAAUGAAGCCUGUAUGCCGGAAAUCCCCAUCUCAGGGUCGGAUACGUUUUCUUAUUGCCGCCUGUUUCGGAUUGCUCUUUCUGAUCAUCAUCUAUGUGGUUCACGUGGCUCGGCGAUACAAUCAUGUUAGAGCCUAUGGCAGCAGCGCCUGCGGAUCGACUUUUUUCUAUACCUACACGGACUGCGAUGUGUUCUACUAGGAACUAAGGCUUAAAUGUUCACUUACCCAGGCUUAUAUUUUCAUUAUUCAUAGUUUUAUUAUUCAAUU